AUGGUAUCGACAUUAAAUGAACGCGAUAUCGUUAUAGCGAUGAAGGCAAUGGCUAAAGAUAAAAAUUUAAGCCUCUGGAAAGCUGUCAAGAUUUACAAUAUUACUCAUACGACACUUAUACGUAGAAUGAAAGAGAUCACUCCUGCCUCCGAAUAUCGUCAAAAACAGUAUAAAAUUACUAAAAUUAAAGAGGAGGUUAUUAUUCAGCAUAUAAUCGAUAUGGAUGAGCGAGGAUUUAGUCCUAAAUUCAUAAGUGUUGAAAGUAUGGCGAAUCAUAUUCUUGAAUCGAGGGGUGGAAAGCGUGUUGGAAUACAGCCAGACAAUAGAAAAUGGUCGACAGCGAUUGUAUGUGGUGAUGCGACAGGGGAGAACAUACCUCUAUAUCUCCUUGUUCAAGGACAAAUGCACCUAGCCAAUUGGUACAACGAGACGGAUAUGCCUCCCGAAUGA